AUGGGAGGACAAAAAUUCGAAUACGAUGAGAGUGGAUCUACAUUCUUUUAUUUUGUUUUAUCAUUUCUUGCAUUAAUUUUGGUUCCGGCGACAUUUUAUUACUGGCCAAGGAAACGAAAAGAAGAUCCAGAAAAAUUAGCUGAACAAUGUCAGUGUCCAAGUUGUUUAAAGAAAAAGAUAAUUAUAGAACAAUCACAACCAUACAAAAACUUCAAAAAUUUCCUUAUUAUAUUGGCUAUAGUAUCAGGGUGGGUUCUAUUAGGAUUUCUUACAGUCAAAGUUUCCCAAUUUGAUUAUGAAAUGUCCAAUUUUGAUCCAUAUGAUAUUUUGGGUUUGCCGCCUGGCGCUACUCAAGCUGAAAUUAAGAAAUCCUAUCGUAAACAGUCUCUUAUAUUGCACCCUGACAAAGAGACAGGAGAUGAAAAAGCAUUUAUGAGAUUAACAAAGGCCUAUCAAGCAUUAACGGAUGAUGAAGCUAGAAGAAAUUGGGAGAAAUAUGGUAACCCUGAUGGACCAGGUGCUAUGAGUUUUGGCAUAGCCCUGCCGAGUUGGAUAGUAGAAAAGGAAAAUAGUGUGUGGGUGCUUGGGUUAUAUGCACUUGUUUUUAUGGUGGCUCUUCCCACUGUUGUGGGUACUUGGUGGUAUCGCUCCAUACGUUACUCUGGUGAACAAGUGUUGCUAGAUACAACUCAGAUGUAUUUCUUUUUCUGUCAUAAAACUCCGUCUAUGCCAUUGAAAAGGGCCCUUAUGAUACUUGCAGCUUCAUGUGAGUUUGAUAAAAGGCAUAACUCAGAAAUAAUCGAGAGAAUAACAGACAAUGAAGAAGUGCCGAGUUUACUACGGGAUCUGCCAAACCUGGGCGAGAAAAACAAAGAGCAACCAUUAUGUAGACCAUACAGUAUUAAAGCUAGAGCUCUACUACACGCACAUUUGUCACGUAUGAAGUUACCAGAAGACACGUUGGAAGUGGAUAGACGGUAUAUUGUGUCACGGUGCCCGGAUCUCAUUGUUGAGAUGGUCAACUGUGUGAACCAGCUCAUUGCAUUGGCUUAUGCUAGACGAAUACCUCGUCUCCCAACAAUAGAAACAAUAGAAAACUGUAUGAAACUGUCACCUAUGAUUGUGCAAGGACUUUGGGAGUACAAGUCUCCAUUGUUACAACUGCCAUACAUAACCGAGGAUCAUUUAAAAUACUUUACAAAUAGAAAAAAGCAUAUUAAAUCACUUCUCCAAUUAGCACAAUUACCAGGAGAUGAGAGGCGACAGCUGUUAAGGUUUUUGAAUGAUGAACAAUACGAGGAUCUUGUUAAAGUGCUGGGAAAUAUGCCGUACAUACAUUUCCAGGUCAAUACUGAAGUGAUAGAUGACGAGAACUCUACAGUGGUAACAGCGGGUGCAAUUGUCACUGUCACAGUACUAUUACAGAGAACGAAUAUGAAAGAACUUUUUGGUGAUAGCAGUAUCAGAGAGAAAAAUAAGAUAAAGGAAGAAGAAGAAAACGUCGAAGGUGAAGAUAAAGAAAAGGAUAAGGACAAGAAAGAUGUGUUCAAGCGGCCGGUUUGGAUGAAACAAGGCAAGAAAAUGCAGAAGAAAGGCAAAAAAGUCGUCAAACAAGUUAAGGCAGCGCCACCUACACCCCCACCAGCUGAUGUUAAGAAGAAAGAAAAAGAACCAAAGAAGAAGGAUGAAGAUGGCGAAGAAUCAGAUGCGAACAGUUCCGAUGAGUCGGGCUCGCAUAGCGACGCGUCGGCGAACGAGUCGCGCGAUAAGUCGUCCCCGGAGGAUGAUGAUGAUGACCAGUGGGAGAAGUUCCAGAAGAGACUGCAGAAGCGGGAAAGACUUGAGGGGAGAUCUAAGAGUUCCCAUCCUGUACACUGUCCUUACUUCCCAUUGGAGAAACAAGAGUUCUGGUGGUGUUAUAUUUGCGAUCGCAAAUCUCACACGCUCCUAACUGCGCCGGCGCACGUGACAGCGCUCGUCGACUCGCACGAACUUCAGCUGAGAUUCACAGCGCCCCGUUGGCCUGGUGUCUACACGCUGGCUUGCUGCCUUAGAUCUGAUGUUGACAUAUUAGAGGUUCUAAGUGGCCAAAAGCCUAAACCCGAAUGUUUCCGCGGUGGCUAA